AUGUUAUAUUUUUAAUUUUCAAUACAUCUCUAAAUCGUGAAUCACAUUAAUGUAGUUAUAAACUUCAAAAAAGCUUAUUUUUUUUUUAAUUUAAAUUUCAUUAUUUAUAUCAAUAUAGCAUGUAAAUGCUCUCUAAUCGAGGAUACUCAAAUAGAUCUUGGGUAAAACAAAAGCAGUGCAAACUCUAAUGUAAUAUUUUUUAAAGCAAAAUAGAUCAAUUAAAGUUAAUUCCAAGCAAAUUAAAGAAAGCGAAUGCUUAAAAUAAAACAAUUUCAUACAAAAUUUAAAAGCAUACUAGUAUUCUUCACUUUAUUUGCUCUAAACUUUAUUCAAUUUUUUACGAUUAUUGAAAAGUUUCAUUUUUUUAUUGUUGUAAGUUUGUUUUGCUUUUAUUGUUAUUUUUUAGAUAUUUUAUAGUUACAUUUUUUGAGCAGAAGAGUAAAGGGAAAUAAACAUGAAAUUAAAAAAAAAAUAUAUAUAAUAUAUGCAAAACCCUUUUAUAAGAGUAUAUAUUUAUGUAUAGUACCCUAGUGUAUUUCUGAAAAAACAUUAAUUAAUAGAAUUUUUUCAAAUAUGAUUAACUAACUGCCCAUCUCUAAUUUCUAUUAUAUAUUUAAGUGUUUGUUUUAAAGACAAAUAUGA